ACAGGGUAUAGGGCAUGAGGAUUUGCUUCCAGAGAGCCAGUGGGACUGCAUGUGUGCACCCUGGACUUAACAACAAUACAGAUACUAUUUGGGACCCCAGCAAAAGAAAUCCUGAAAUACAGACUAUGGCCCUUGUUUAUAGAAUUGCCUGUGUCACUAUUAGAAGCCUGGAGAACCAGGAUUCCCUUCAAGUCUCUGGAGCAACAGGCCAGGUGGCCAAUCAGCUCCUAGUCCCAGGUCAUUGUUGGAAGCAUAAAUGUUGCUAUGGCUACUGAAACCUCAGUGACUGAACUAAACAGAAAGGAGAGAGCCUGUCCAGUCGACUAAGACAAUAUUAAGCCAGUCUGUAGACAUGUCUGUGGAAAAGAUGGUAAAAGUGGAAGAGAGUUUUCAAAGGGCCCUGGAGCUUAAGAAGAUGGUUGACAGGUGGCGAAACUCAAAUACUCAGUGUCUGUGGCAGAUGACAUUGAGCCAGAGGAGGAAUCCAUAUGUCACCUUAAGGAUGCAGGAUGCCAUGGUACGGGAACUGGUACUAGCCAACAAGCAGCUCCUGAUGGUCCGUCAAGCUGCUCUGAACCAGCUGUUUGAAAAGGAGCACCGGCAGUACCAGCAGGAACUAAAUCAGAUGGGCAAAGCUUUUUACGUGGAGAGACUCUGAUGGCAUGUGAAGCACUGUUCUUCCAUUCUUGUCAU